GGGAGGGGAGCGGAUUAGCGCAGCGUUAGUGUCCGGUGUCCACAAAACGUUUGUACAAACAGGAGUGACUGAAGGAGACUUGUACAGGACAGGCACUCGUUUUCACCUGUUUGUCCUCUCCGCUCUGUCUCUCCGAGCUCUCUCUUUCCCAACCUCUAAGCAGCAAGAAUGUCUCACUCCGACACGGAGACACCAGAGGACGGACUUUACGGUUCCUGGGUUGAGCUGGAGGAGCUGAUUGCAGCUGUGAGCCGAAGGGAAAGUCUGACAGGACCUCAGGACAACAUCUCCUCCUCCCUGCAGGGGGAGCUAGAGAGAAUCCUCCUUGAGGCACAGCUGGAGUGUGAGAGGAGUAGAGACAGUCCUCCACAGGUGAUAACGCCACGGUCCACUGGUUCCCCAAGACCCGGCAGCGAGCAAGACAGUGACUGCGUCCCCAUACAGGAGGAAGCUGAGCGGCGGGCAGACACAGACUGGGUGUGGGAUUGGUCCAGCAGACCUGAAAAUAUGCCACCAAAAGAGUUUGUGUUUCAGCACCCAAAACAGCCAAGCUCCCUCAGCGUUAGGAAGACAGAGGUGAUGAAAAGAGGAAUUUUCUCCUCCGAUGUUCUCCUCAUUCUUGUUCCCUCCUUGCUGGCUUCGCAUCUGCUCACACUUGGAGUCGGCAUCUACAUUGGAAAACGACUGGCCACUUCCUCGGCUAGCACACUGUGACGUUGGCUGUAGGCUCGUGUUCCUGUUCGGUCUGUUCACUUACAGUCUGAUCAAUAAGGUCACAGUCCGCCCUUUCUCCCGCACUAAUUUGCCUCGUUCCUUCGUCGUGGGGGCAAACAUAAGACCUGCCUCUAUGUACCUCCGUCUACCCAGCAGCACUCUCUUUUUUCUAUCAGCAUUUAUUUGUUUAUAUGUACAUGUGGUAGGGCCCAAGGAGCGGAAGGAUGCUGGCCAAUGAGUCAGACUGUGGUCACUAUUACUCUCCAGCAGAGUAACACUGAUCUCAACCAAGUAAGGCAUAAUCAGAAGAAAGGGAUCGCCGAGAUACAAGAGGAAAGAGCAGGGGAACAAUGCAUCCUUUUGAUAAGGGGAGAUGAAAAUGGUUCGAUGGGAACAGAGUGUUCUGAUGAAAUGAGGUAGAUAAUACGUGCUAGCUAUUCUCCCAAUCUUUGAUAAAGCAAGAUGUCUGUCAUUUGUCAAAAGUAAUGGCCCGCUGUAUGCCUGAGCUGCUUAAAAGGGGUUCUUGGUUUUUUUUUUUUUUUUUUUUUUUUUUUUUUUUUUGGCUGCCCUACUGUUGAAUCUAAUGUAGAGACUUUUAGCUGGCUGGGUGAAUGUAGAAAUGGUUCUGAUUGUGCUUUUUGUUCCAGAAAGCAAUUAAAUAUUUUUUGACCUCUGACAAAGACAGUUACGAUCCCAUUAAACGUCACUCCUUCAAACCUUAA